GCGCUCGCGAGCGGCUCCGGGGCGGGUGGAGGGCGGUUGGCGCGGGCACGAGCACGAAGCAGCUGCGCUCCGCUCCCAUCCUCGGCCCCGCCGCGCUCGCGCCCGGGCCCGCACCCGCUAUGGCCUCCCUCAGCUUCCAGGGCGGCGGCGGCAAGAAGGAGGAGAAGGGCAAGAACAUCCAGGUGGUGGUGCGCUGCAGGCCUUUUAAUGCCUCAGAACGUAAAGCAAGCUCCUAUGCUGUUGUAGACUGUGAUCAAGCACGGAAAGAAGUUAGUGUCCGCACUGGCGGAGUCACAGAUAAGGCGUCAAGAAAGACUUACACAUUUGAUAUGGUUUUUGGAGCUCAGGCAAAGCAGAUUGAUGUAUACCGGAGUGUUGUGUGUCCCAUUUUGGAUGAAGUUAUUAUGGGCUAUAACUGCACAGUGUUUGCCUAUGGCCAAACUGGUACUGGUAAGACCUUCACAAUGGAAGGGGAGCGGUCACCCAAUGAGGAAUAUACCUGGGAAGAGGAUCCGCUAGCAGGUAUAAUACCCCGUACGUUGCAUCAGAUAUUUGAAAAACUCACAGAGAAUGGCACUGAAUUUUCAGUGAAAGUCUCUCUUUUGGAAAUCUACAAUGAGGAGCUUUUUGAUCUUCUGAAUCCUACUCCUGAUGUUGGAGAAAGACUGCAGAUGUUUGAUGACCCUCGAAACAAGAGAGGUGUAAUUAUUAAAGGCUUGGAAGAAGUAACUGUACACAACAAAAACGAAGUCUAUCAGAUCCUGGAAAGGGGUGCAGCAAAGAGAACAACUGCAGCUACUUACAUGAAUGCAUAUUCUAGCCGCUCCCACUCUGUGUUCUCGAUUACCAUCCAUAUGAAAGAAACCACCAUAGAUGGAGAAGAACUCGUCAAAAUUGGGAAGCUAAACUUGGUUGAUCUUGCAGGAAGUGAAAACAUUGGUCGAUCUGGGGCAGUUGACAAAAGAGCACGUGAAGCUGGAAAUAUCAACCAGUCUCUCCUGACACUGGGAAGAGUUAUUACUGCUCUAGUAGAAAGAGCACCACAUAUUCCAUACAGGGAAUCUAAACUCACAAGAAUCCUUCAAGACUCUCUUGGAGGACGAACAAAAACAUCAAUAAUAGCCACAAUUUCUCCUGCAUCUAUAAAUCUUGAGGAAACGCUGAGUACUCUGGAAUAUGCUCACAGAGCAAAGAACAUAAUGAACAAGCCAGAAGUUAACCAGAAGCUAACCAAAAAAGCCCUUAUUAAGGAAUAUACCGAAGAGAUUGAGCGUCUGAAACGAGACCUGGCUGCUGCACGAGAAAAAAAUGGAGUCUAUAUUUCCCUUGAAAACUUUGAAGCCCUUAAUGGAAAGCUGACUGUUCAGGAAGAACAAAUUGCAGAGUAUAUUGACAAAAUCAGUGUCAUGGAGGAAGAAGUGAAAAGAAUCACUGAACUGUUCACAGUUAAUAAAAAUGAACUUGAACAGUGUAAAACAGACCUGCAAAUCAAGGAGAAGGAACUGGAAGAAACACAAAAAGAUCUGCAAGAAACCAAGGUUCAUCUGGCUGAAGAAGAAUAUGUGGUUUCAGUUUUGGAAGACACUGAACAAAAACUUCAUGGCACAGCUAGCAAGUUGCUUAGUACUGUUGAAGAAACUACAAAAGAUGUAUCUGGUCUCCAUGCAAAACUGGACCGUAAGAAGGCUGUUGAUCAGCACAAUGCUGUUGUCCAAAAUACAUUUGCAGGACAAAUGACUGAUUUGUUCAACAAAAUACAAAAUUCAAUUAGUGAGAACAGUUUGAAGCAGCAACAGAUGUUGAAGUCUUAUACAAAUUUUAUAGGUGACAUCUUGUCUACCAGUUCUUCAGCAGCUAAUAUUCUUGCAUCAGUUGUAUCAGCAUCUUUUACCUCUGUUAAAGAACUAGUGUCUACUGAAGUUUCUUCCAUGUCUGAAAAAAUACUACAACAUGAGAGUCUGUCACUUAAUUGUAAAGCUGAGCUCCUGAGAUUAAUUGAGGAGCAUACAUCUGGAUUAGGAAGAGCAUUAAAUAGCUUGACACCAAUGGUAGAAUUUGUCCUGGGCCUAAGUUGUCAAUUUCAGACUAAUGUGAAGAAAUAUUCUGCUGUGGCUGACAAGAUGGAAUGUCAUAAAAAAGAAAUGGAUACCUUCUUUGAAGAUCUUUCUCUCACUUUGAAAAAGUUACGGGAAGAAAUGGCCAGUGUUCUUGCUCAGCUUCAGAACGAUUGUGAGAAUUUAAAAGAAGAAGUGGAAAUGACAAGAUUGGCACAUAUGAAGAGCACAGCAGAAUUAGUGUCCUCACUGCAAAGCCAGCUUGACCUGUUUGCUGAGGAGACUCAGAAGAACUUAAGUGAUGUACUAGCAAAAAAUGGAAGUAUGAAGACCACCAUCACUGCUGCACAAGAAAACAUUCACCUGAAAACCACAGACCUAGUCAGCAAUACAGCUUCCAAUCACAGCAAAUUUAUUGCAUCUAUGGAUAACUUCUCUCAAGAGCUCAGGAUCAUAAAUGCUGAAAACAAGAUGAUGCUGGAAGAAUCCACAGACCAUUGUCAACAACUUCUCAGCAGUCUCAAAAAUGUGUCUCAGGAUACUGAUAAAUGGGGUGAACUUGCAACUGCUCAGAUAAUCAGCUUUACUGAUCAGCAGCUGUUGUCCUUCAGAGAUGAGAAAAAACAACUUAUGUGUUCACAACAGAAAAACAAAGAAAAUUGUGAUAGAGCAGUAGCUGAAAUCGUUGACCAUAUUGAUAGACAAAAGAGUGCUGAGGAGAAGGUACUAAAUGACCUUCUUGAUCAGAUGAAAGUUGAUCAGGAGAUACUUCUGGAGCAGAAGCUGGCACUUAAUGAGGAAGCACAGCAUGGACUGACUCAGGUUAAUGGUUUCCUGCAAGAGGAUCUUAAAGUGGAUAUUCCAACAGGGACAACUCCACAGAGAAGAGACUACUUGUAUCCAGUCACACUGGUGCGAACAGAACCCAGGGAACUUCUACUGGAGCAAUUAAGGGAAAAGCAAGCAAAGCUUGAUGCUAUGUUAAACAGUAUGACGAAUGAAACGGAGGAGAAUGUCUAUCAAGACUUACUGGAAGAGGAGGAAGGGAUGCAAGAAUCCAUUGAAAGCCUUGCUGGCUACAAAUCCUUAGUGGAUAUAAACAUAAGCUGUAACACAAAUGGUGGCAUCCCAUUUUUUCAGCACAAAAGGAGUCACAAAAAGGAUAAAGAGAACAAAUCUGCAGCAACGUUGGAGAAGACCAAAACGGAGGAUAUAACAGAACAGCUUCUUCCCAAAUCUAAGAUUCCUUUAAGAUCGAUGAACUAAGAUUUUAUUUUUACAUGUAUAUAUAAAAUGCAGAUCCUGUUUUGGAAUGCUUAAUGUCUAAUGGUCCACUGAGCCAUAACUUUUCUUAGUUAUUCUUGGUCUCUGUAUAUAGUGAAUAUACUGAUGCAAAGUUGGAUCAAAAGACUGACCUUACAGAUGUUCUGCCUUUGUCCCAUUUUUAUAUGCAGUAGCUUGCGGAGUAUUAAUAGCCUUUUUUAAACAAAACCUGCAGAUCAUGGUGCUGUAUGUUGAAUGCGGAUUUUUAUAUUGUCAGAUAAGAGAUCCUUUUCUGCUUCUCAGGUUUAAAGCCACAGAAAGGGAUGAGGAAUAAUGCUUUAUUAGCAUUAACAGCUACCAAUGUGUUUUAAUUAGCUGUAAAUAAGUGUUCUGUUUCUAUGCCUACCUUACUCUGAUUCCUGUUACAAUGAAGUAGAUCGUUGUCUUUGGGAUACUUCAAAUAAAUCAAUUUAUAUAUGGAGC